CGGCCGGGGCUUGGGGACUCCAUGCGGGGGCCAUGGACAGAGCGGCGCUCCUGGGCCUGCCCCGCCUGUGCGCGCUGUGGGUAGCCCUGCUGGCGCUCUUUCCCUGCGGGGCUCAAGGAAACUGGAUGUGGCUGGGCAUCGCCUCCUUCGGAGUUCCCGAGAAGCUGGGCUGCGCCAACCUGCCGCUGAACAGCCGCCAGAAAGAGCUGUGUAAGAGGAAGCCCUACCUGCUGCCCAGCAUCCGCGAGGGCGCGCGCCUGGGCAUCCAGGAGUGCAGGAGCCAGUUCAGGCACGAGCGAUGGAACUGCGUGGUCACCGCUGCCCCGGCCUCCACCAGCCCGGUCUUCGGCUAUGAGCUGAGCAGUGGCACCAAGGAAACAGCCUUCAUCCAUGCGGUGAUGGCAGCUGGCCUGGUGCAUGCUGUGACCAGGUCAUGCAGUGCAGGCAACAUGACCGAAUGCUCCUGUGACACCUCCUUGCAGAAUGGGGGCUCAGCGACUGAAGGCUGGCACUGGGGGGGCUGCUCGGAUGACGUCCAGUAUGGCAUGUGGUUCAGCAGAAAGUUCCUCGACUUCCCGCUCAGAAACACCUCCGGGAAAGAAAGCAAAGUUCUGUUAGCAAUGAACCUUCACAACAACGAAGCUGGAAGGCAGGCAGUGGCCAAGUUAAUGUCCGUGGACUGCCGCUGUCAUGGGGUCUCGGGCUCCUGUGCUGUGAGAACAUGCUGGAAAACGAUGUCUUCUUUUGAGAAGAUUGGCCAUUUGUUGAAGGAUAAAUAUGAAAACAGCAUUCAGAUCUCAGACAAAAUCAAGAGGAAAAUACGCAGGAGAGAAAAAGAUCAGAGGAAGGUCCCUAUCCACAAGGAGGAUCUGCUGUACAUGAACAAAUCCCCCAACUACUGUGUGGAGGAUAAGACGCUGGGGAUCCCGGGGACCCAGGGCAGAGAGUGCAACCGCACGUCCGAGGGCGCCGAUGGCUGUAACCUGCUCUGCUGUGGCCGAGGCUACAACACCCACGUGGUGCGCCACGUGGAGAGGUGUGAGUGCAAGUUCAUCUGGUGCUGCUACGUCCGCUGCAGGAGGUGCGAGAGCAUGACUGAUGUUCACACCUGCAAGUAACUGCCCC